GAAGGCCCACGGGCCAUUCCUUGUCCGUCGGUCGCCAGCGCCACGAGGAGCGGGCAACGCGAUCAGAGAAAAAUAUUUCAAAAAUUAAAUCACCCCCUAUUCCCAACCAAAAUCCGAAACGAAAACCUCCCCACCGCCAAACAAAAAAAAAAAACGAGAGCGAAAGUUCAGAAAGCAAAAACGCAAUUUAAUUUGGCCAAAACAAUUCGAGACAAUCAAAGACAAAGGCGCGAUCUCGUCAGCAAAAAGAUCAACCUGAAAACAUAACGAUUUCGGACGCGUGCCAGCCGACGGUCGGUGGGCGGUGUGCGGUGGGCGGGGCGGCAGAGACGCCAGCAGCGACGUCGGCGUUGGCGCUGCCGUUUUUAUAUGAUUUUCCGCUCGUAGUGCUCGCUUUUUUAUUUUUAUUUUUUUUUAUUUCUCUGAAUUUUUUUGCCGGCUGUCGUCGUGAGCAGAAUGCCGCCGGUUGUCGGUUCUCCGAGUCGUUCAGUUCUGUUUGAGUUUCUGGCGACGAGUGACACACACAGAGGGAACUAGAAAUAAACGACAUCGAACAAGCAAACGAAACAACACUUAGUUGUACUGUAGAUUCUGGCUGAUUAAGAAAAACACGAAAUACUCAGAAACACUCACACACACACACACACUCACUUUCAACUGCAUUAGUUCAGAUCGAGCGAAAGUGCUUUAGACGAUGCCAAAUAACCGCAAUCGCAAUCGCAAUCGAAAUCGCAACAAACGCAAUCGAAACCAAAACCAAAAUCAAAACCAAAACCAAAACCAGAAUCCCAACCAAAACGAAAGCAAUCAACAGGCAGAGGGGGCGGAGGAGCGGGAGGAGCUGGAAAACUUGGAAAAGCAGGACUCUCAGAUCGCAGUUGAAACUUCUUCUUCCUCCAUAGAUGAUAAUGGAAAUUCUGGCAGCGUUUCAAAUGGGCCAACGGAAAACAGCGAAAAUGCUUCGGUUGUUGUUUGCGACCAAAGUGUGACGAACACUCUUCAGAAAACCGAGGAAAAACAAGAAGAAGAAGAAGAAGUAGAAUCAUCCGAGAAACCAGCAACAGUCAUCCAAAAAGAAGAAGAAGCAGAAGAUUUCGAGGCAGAAAUGGGUGCCAAAAACUCAAAACAUCGCAGGGAAAAGUCCGAUAAGCAGGCGACUAAUGGAAAAGCCGAGGAGCAGGUGCGUCCGCCACCCACAAUUAUCAGAAGGCCACCCGGCAGUCCGCGGCAAGCCAAGGUCAUAGUUCAUCGGAUUGUGCGGGAAGAGGAUAAGCCAAGUGGCAAGGCUGAUGAUCAGCAGCAAUCCAAGGUUGUGGCAGUCAAAGAGGAGCCAUUGGAGGUUACAGAUGAUUCAAAGAAGCAGCAACAUGAAGAUCAUGAACCAAUUCAAGAGCAACUUGUAGAAACUAGUCAACAAUUAGAUGACGCACAGCAGCAACAUGUUGCAGUUGCACAAAGCGAAGAAGCUCAGGAGCGCAAAGAAGAUCAUCAGGAUACACAAAAGCCAGAUGAAGUGGAUUAUUCCAAGGAGCAGGAAGUUGAAGUGGAACCUUCAAAGGAGCAUGUAGUUAAGGUGGAGCUUUUGAAGGAGCAACAAGUUAAAGCAGAGCCUCUAAAAGAGCAACAAGUUAAAGUAGAACCUUUAGAAGAGCAACAAGUAAAAGAGGAAUCCUUAAAGGAGCAACCACCACAAGAGCAACCUAAGCCAAAAGAACCCGAGCAAUAUGUAUUGCAGCUUCAAAAGGCUAUGGAAUUUGUGGAAAAUGCACACCAGCAACAUAUUGCAGCUGUACAAAAUCAUCAACAACAAGAAGACGCACAACAGCAACUGAAUAAGGAAACACAACAGCAACGUGAGACACUAAAAACACAACAGCAACGUGUUGCAGUUACACAAAGUCAAAAAAUUAUAGAGAGUGAAAAGGAAGCACAACAGCAGCAACAUGAAGAGGAGAAGCAGAAACGAAAAUCCUUUUUGGAUAAAGAACAACAGCAACAUGUGGAUAUUGCUCUAAAGACUCUGGAGGAAAUCCAGAAAGAAGUGAAUCUUCAGCAGGUUAAGCCUCCUCCCCAGAAGUUGCCUCCAAAGCAACCCUCCUCCAAGGUGAUUAUCCACCACAUACACCUGGAAACCAACGAGGAAGAGGUUGCCCGGAAGGGUAAACCCACCUUCGAGGAGAUCAGCAGUUCAUCCGGUAGUUCCCUGGCUGGAACUCUUUCUCCUCCACCCCGCUAUCUGGUGGAAUCACCCAAACCCACCAGUGGUGGUCAGUUUUCCCGCUUCUCCCGCGAUGUGCAAAUCCAGGAGCUGGAACUCAACAGCGACUGCAGCUCCGGGGAGUUCAACUCGUUCAACGCGCUGCAAUCGCCUCUGGUUUGCGAGGCGGACUCGGAGUCGGAGGGAUCGGUGGUGGCUCUAGGAGCGGAGCGAUCGCCGUCGGACCAGCUGGUGGUGCCGUCCAGCAGCCGAGCCAUGGAGCAGCAGCAGCAGCAGCACCAGGAGCAGCUGCGCCAGAAGCGCGCCCAGAAACGGAACGCCUUGGAGUCGCACUUCCUGCCGCAGCUGCUCAAUCCCCGCUAUCUGGACAGCAUCCUGGAGGAGAACGGCGAGGCGACCAGCUUCCGCAACUCCACUGCCUCCGCUUCCUCCGCCUCCUCUAAUGGAAAUGCAGAUCAGGCGGGGGUGCGCACACCCAAGUUGAACGAGACUUUCCCGAGGAGCCAACUGGAUUUCAGUAGGAGACACAAGAGAAGAGAGGAGGCACCCACUCCUCUUAAGCUGGAAACCAAGUUGCUGGAGGAGUCCGAUGAUCUGGAGAGCUGCACCCGUUUGCAAAGUGCUUUAUCCCCUCAAUCCGAGGAUGCUGAGUUAGUUUACCUGAGUUCCUCCGCCUCGAGUAGUGUCUCCGAUUUAAUGGAACUGGAACUGGAGCAGGCAGCCGCCUUGGCAGAGCGCGCCUUGGUGGAUCUGGACACGGAUGCCAGCAGGUUGAUCCUCCGGCCGGAUGACGAGAUGAGCAGUACUAGUACGACGACAGCGGAACGCAGUGAAACCGAAGCGGAAACGGAAACGGAAACGGAGAGGGGAGAGGGGGAGGAGGAGGGGGAGAGUCGGGAGAGCACACCUGUUAACCAAACGCUCGCCAGUUCGCCAGUUUCAACGCUGCUGAGCGCCAAAACGCCGACGCCCACGCCCACGAACGCCGAUCGCGAGCAAUUAGCAAGAGAUCCACGAGAUACAAACGAUCUGCGAUCUGCUGCAAAAGAUACAAAUGUAUCUGGCGGAUCGCAGGCGGUCAGUUUCGGAACAGCUUCGCCGCUGGCGGCCACGCGCGAGGAGUUCGUUCGCAACAUGGACAAAGUGCGCGAGUUGAUCGAGAUGACGCGUCGCGAGGAGGAGCAAUUGGAUGAGCCUCAAUCGAUUGGAAGUACGCUGCCGCGUUCGCCGUCGCCGCCGCCCGUUCCCCCGCCCCCCGUCGAGUGCCCCGCCUACCACCAAUCCCUGCUCACCCCGCUCCACCUGAAGCGGCAGGAGUCGAACGACUCCCACUGCUCCGACAGCACCACCCACAGCCAGUGCACGGCCAUCAACUUGGCCAGUCCCCCGCUUCCCGGUAGCAGCCAGCCACCCACUCCGCCACUCAGACAAAAGCCCGCACCACCAGCUGCACCACCAGUUACCCCUGCCACCCCGCCAACCACACCUGCCACUCCACCUGCACCCACUAGAAGCACCACCACCACCUCCACCACCACUUUCCAUUCAGAGCCAGAGCUUUCAGUUGCAGAUCGGGAAUCGGAAUCGGAGUCGGAGGCCAUCAAGAAGCUGCGUCUCCUCUGCACCGAGCAGCUGGCCUCCAUGCCCUAUGGCGAACAGGUGCUCGAGGAGCUAGCCAGCGUGGCCCAGAACAUCACCGACAAGUCCACCCACAAGAUGCCCUAUCCCAUGCCGCAACUGCCGCACAUCAAGGAGUUGGAACUGAAUGCCAGCGAGGGGAAAUCCACCUCCGCCUGGCUGGGUUUGCCUACCCAAUCGGAUCCUCAGCUACUCGUGUGCCUUUCGCCCGGCCAAAGGGAACUGGUGGAUGUGAAGACCCAACCAGAUGACUUACUCGAUGCCCACCAGAAGUUCGUGGAGCGAAGGGGCUACCAUGAGCUCUCCAAAGCAGAGGUUCUCGAACAGGACAAAAAACAGGAGCAGCAACAAAGUGAGAUGCUCAAGACGGCGGCCAUGAUGCGCGAAUUGCGCAAGAGCCUCUCGCCGCCGGCCCCGCCCCUCCCGCCGCCCCCCGUGCCGGUGAAGAGCGCCGAAACGGCGGCCAAGGCGACCGCUCAUGAAAACGCCAAGAGAGAUGACGCAAGCGAACAAAAGCAGCCAAAAGCGAGUGAAUCGUCAUCGCUUGAAAAUAAACCAAGGCGAGCAGCUGAUUGCGCCGAGGAGCAGUCGGCAGAGCACCGCCAGAGCAGCAGCACCACCACCAAGAGCACCACCAGCAGCAGCAGCACCACCACCAACGAAGCCAUGACCUCCUCCGCCGUUAAGUUUCCCACGCUGGACAGCAUGGAGAGCGAGCUGGCCAGGAUGUUCCCCCAGCACAAGGGCGACAUCUUCGAGGAGCAGCGCAAGCGGUUCUCCAACAUCGAAUUCCCAACCAGCCAGCAGAAGCCUUCGAGUCAAACCAAGAGGUACUCCAACAUAGAGACGAGCAGCUACGAGUCCAAGAAGCGAAUGGAGAACGGCCAGGUGGUCUACGAUGUGAGCACCUCCAGUCGCGAGAAGCAGGAGCAGGGCGAUCCACCCAGAAAGGAGGAGGAGCAGCGUGCUCCGCCCGUUCCCCCGCCGCCAAUUAUGUCAGCAACGAAAUUAAACGGCGGCACUUUCAUUGAUGGAGACGUGGCGCCCAAAAAUAGCCAGCCAGCAGCGAAAGAGAGCGGUAUUAACAGCAGCAGCGGUGGCAACGGUACGUAUGAGGAAUUUCGGCAGCGUGCCAAGGCCGCGGCGGAUGCCUUUGGAGAUCAGCGGGAGCGGGAGCGGAAUGGCAACGGACUGGAUCACGAUCGCGUGUUCAAGGACUUCGAUCGAUUGUCCCAGCAAAUGCACGCCGAGUUGCAAACGACGCGUGAGAAGCGGGAAAAGUCCGCCUCCCUCUACGAUCUCAGUGGUUUCACCCGAUCCUCGGUGGGUAAUCCCAAAACAGAUGAACUGCAGCAGCGGCGACACGCGCACAUGCAGGAGUUGGAGCGGGAAAUAGAGAGGUCAGCGAGAUCGAGGCAGGAGAGGAUGUCCUCGGUUCCGCGACAAAUGGAAGCCACUCCACCUCUGACCCACGAGAUUCCCAUCGAAAUAGAACCCCGAUCCCGGCGAGCUGAAUCCAUGUGCAACCUCAACGAACCACCACCGCGUCCGCACACCACGGUGGGUCACUACAACCACUCGGCGGUGCAGGACGACUGGUCGCGUUAUGCCAACGAUCUGGGCUACUCGGAGAACAUAGCUCGACCUUUUGCGAGGGAAGUGGAGAUCUGCUACCAAAGGCAGAACCAAAGGACUCCCCACGCCAUCCGUGCUCCUCGGCUCUCGGCCAGCACCAAUGACCUCAGCAGCUCCAGCCAAUAUAGCUUCGAUAGCUUUAAUGCUUACGGAGGCAGGAGAACCCAUGCUCCCAUGUUGAAUCAGGCGCAGCAGCAGCAGCGUCCUCACUACGGAAGCUGCUACUCGAUGAUCGAGCGGGAUCCCAAUCCCCGCUACAUCAGCACCACUUCGAGGAGGGGAGUGAGCCCCGCACCACCCACUCCACCCACUGUAGUGGUGUCACCGCAGCAGCAGGCGCCACCACCCGCCUACGAUCGCCAGCAGAGGAGAUCCUCGCUGCCAAGGGAGCUCCACGAACAGCAGCUGAAGUACAUCCUCUCCAAGGAGGAGGAGCUCAAGUUCGAGGUGGAGCGACUGCAGCAGGAGCGUCGCCGCUUGAUGGAGGAGAUGCAGCGUGCUCCAGUGCUUCCAGCUCCCCAGAGGAGGGAGAGCUACCGACCCGCUGCCAAGUUGCCAACUCUCAGCGAGGAUGAGGUCUUCCGGCAGCAAAUGGCCGAAGAGUGGAUGAACAAGGUGGCCGAACGGGAGGAGCGCCGCCAGCACAAGAUCAUACGCAUCUCCAAGAUCGAGGACGAGCAGGAUCACCACCCGGUGGACAGGGCGACCAUCAGCGAUGAGUUCCUGGAUCGCGUGAAGGAAAGGCGCCACAAGUUGGCCAUGCCAGCGGAUAGCGAUUGGGAAAGUGGAGCGGAAUCCCAACCCCAACCCACUGUGCAAUCCCAGCCAGAAUCGGAUGUGGAGGCGGGACCGGUGCGCAUACUGGAGGGCCAGGCGGAGGCCAAUCUCCGCCAGCUGCCGCGUCACCUGCGCGAGUUCGCCAAGUUCUCCACCAGCGAAAAUCUCCCGGAUGGCGGACAAAUGGAGCGGCACGAGGAGCAGGAGCGGCGGGAAGAGGCGACGGACAACUCGCACAGCAGUGCCAGCAAGAAGACGAGCAUCGUGAAGACGUACAAGGUGUCCCGGCUGCCGCCUUCCGUCCAGGACAGAGCCACCGCCUCCGAGGAGAAGCAAGCAGUGGGAGGAGCAGCGGGAGCGGUAGUGGGAGCGGGAAUGGGCGUCCGGCUGCGACCACGCCCACCCAAGCAGACGCGCUUCCUCCUCAACGCGCAGCAGCUGCAGCAGCAAAUGCAGCGACGCAGCUGGUCGGAAAGCGAUCUCCUCAAGGAGAUCGACAGCGAACUGCAGCUGGCAAAGGGCUUCCUCUACGCCAAUGUCUACAAAGUGAAGCACGAGUAUAUGAGCGAACCGGAAACGGGAAGCGAUCGUCCCAGGAAAAUGGCGCAAUUAGGGCGAAGACAGUACGAAGGCAUCGGUCCGGUGACCAACGAUGGAAUGCCCAUCAUCCUCAGAUCGGAGGUCCAGGAGCCGCAUCAGCAUGAGUGGUACAAGCGUCUGUAUCAGACGAUUCACAAGCAGAAGAACGGCGAUGAUUUCGUGAUUCGCUACAAGUGUCCCAGAGCCCGUUCGUCGUACAAGAGCAACGGCUACGUCUCGGAACCUGAACCCAAUUACGAUUCGGAUUACUCCACGGUGAGAUAUCGCACCCAGAAUCCCCACCGAGUGCAGUCCGUCUCCUCGGCGGUCAAUGUGCGCAGUCUCAAUCAGGACGAUAAGUUGUAUGGUACUAUGCCAAAUCCCAUAAAAUCAGCCCAGAACUCGUAUAAAAAUCAGCCAGGUCGCAUCGAGAACUAUACGACAGGUCAUUCUUCUGUUUCCGAAAAGGAAAAGAAGGAGUGGUGGGACGAAGUGAUGGACAUCUUUAACGGGAAUCUAGAACAAUCGAAACUAUCGCCAUUGUAUACCGAAGGUAACUUGUCCAGAGCUUUGGCCAAGGAAUCUGGCUACACCAGCGACUCGAACUUGGUCUUCCGAAGAAAGGAAAUCCCCGUGAGCAGUCCUCUGAGUCCAGUUGAGCAAAAGCAGGCCUACAAGAGUCUCCAGGCAGGCGGAGAACCUCCACUGCUCGGCUUCCGCAAACCAGCGCCCGAGAAGCCCCGUGAAAUUGUGGAGGAGUUCGAAUUCAUACAGAUCACUCCCACGCUCACAAAGAUUCGUGUGAGCACCAAGGAGCUGGAAGAAGAGGAGGAGCCCUUGAAGAAGCCGCCAACAAUACCACCACCUCCACCGCCACCACCACCGCCUCCAAUUCCUCAAAACAAGAGAAAAGAAAAGAAGCCGACGAAGAUGUUCUCCCAGAUUUCGAAGACUCUGCCCUCGUUCAUUCCGUUGAGCAAGAAGCAGCAGGCUUCGGAUGAUCCUCCUCCAAGGCCUCCUCAUCGGAAGUCGAGCUGCACGAAGAGCACUGUGAGGGUCCUGAGUUCCGCCUCGAAGUCGAGACAUGAGCAGUGCUUCCAGCCCCCGAAUGGGAGUGCUCCGGGGGUAUCCACCAUCACCCUGAGAAAGGUGGCCACCUCCAGUUGUUCCCGACGUGAACCCAUUUGCAGAUCCAAGUCAGCGGGAGCUGUUUCCACUCUCUUGCAAACGCUAACUGCCACCAAGGAAACCCGAUUAACCCGUCGCGUUCAACAGCAGCAACAACAGCAAUCCCGUUUGAGAUCCUCAAGUCCCAAUAGACGUCCCGCUCGACUUUUGGCCUUGCGUCACUCCAGUCGAAGUCCCGUGGCCUUUGGCAGAAGUAUCUCCAAGGAGCGCAGCUUCGCUGAGGAGAAGAAGCGAUUGGAGAACACCCUACCAGCUAAUCGCACCAACUUUGAGGCCAGUACGAAUAUCCUGAGGGAUCCCUCCUUGAAGUCCCCGCAAGAAGUGAGGGAGGCUGUGCGUUCUUAUGCCACUUCGCGUAGCAAGUCCUUGCCCAGACUUCGUCACACCACAGUGAGCACCACUACCAGGCAGACCAUGUGCUUCCCCCAAGUGAGACCGCAAACCCUCUUGGAUUGUGGCACUCGUUCGCUGAGGAAGUCCUCUUCGAAGGCUGGAAAGAGUCAGCCUAAGACGGGAUCGAAUGAAAGUCUGCCAAGGAGCAACUCCACCUUCUCCAUUGACUCGAUGGUGCGUCAGGAAUUCGUGCCCAUCGCACCACCCAAAACUUAUGUGAGCAAGUCCAGAGGAUCGGCCUCCAAGGCACUGGUUCCACUGCAGAAUAGCCGCAGUGAGGGUCAUGUUCCCCGGAAGCGUCAGUCGGGAAAAGCCACCUCCAAACCACCGCCACCAGUCACCGUUCACUCUUACAGCGAAUCGGUGCGUGAGAAGACCAACUUCUGGAACGAGUACAAUGCCAAGCAGGCCAUGUCCUUGCCGCAGGAGUACAAGUUCUGUCCGGAGGAUGUGUGUGAUUUCGCCAGUCAAACCAUCCAGCAGCCUUGCAUCGAGGAUCUCGUUUGGAAGUACGAAGGCAAGGAGCAACGUCCUCCGAAGCAGGUGAUUGUAACAGACAUUGCUCGUCCUCAAUCGCCACUGUUGAGCCAGGAGCGUAGAUUUUCCCCAACUCGGGAGGUAAGGGUGCCCCAAAUCAGCAGGGAGGUGCGAUCCCCCUCUCGUCGUCGCAUCGACAGUCUGCGUUCCAAGGACAAAGAGCAAUCCUUGGCCAGGGCCAGCAGCCUAAGCAGCGCUGAUGAACGUAGAAGGGCCACUCCAGCUCCUUCGAAUGGACUCUACCAAUGCGGGGAACUGGCCCACAGUGCCACUUCUUUGACCCACUUGGAGCGGCACAGCCCCAGUUGUCGGUAUCGCAACAAUUGCGAGCGCUUCACCGAGCUGAAUCGAUUCUACAGCACCUUGGAGCGAGUGGGUCAGCUGGAGAGAGCCACCUCCUCGAGCAGCUUCCAUCCCCUGAGGAAGGACGCCGAACUCCUGGACUUCGAUGAGUGGCGAAGGGUGCGACUGCAUGAACGCGCCGAAAAGGAACUCCACUACUUGGUGGGUAAACUACAAGACGACCAGAAGCAGCGCGAUCUGCACUUCCGUUCCAAGGACGUGGACUCCAUCAAGUGGCGCCAGGAGGCGGACCAAUCGCUGAUUGCCAAGAAGAAGUCCGUGGAGGAUCUUCGGGAGAACUUCGAGCAGCUGAAUCUCCUCAGGCAGCAGCAGCAAUUGCAAUCGGAGCCGGUGCAUCGCCACUGGAGACGCAACACGGUGGCCGAUUUGGCCAGCAGCCUGGAGCAUCGAGUGGAGGCCGAACCCGAAAUGGAACGCCACUUGGACAACGAUCUGGUGAGCACUUUGUCCAAGGAUCAGAUCAAGAAAAUCACUCAGCAGCUGAACGAGAUUUACUCGGGAAAUCGUCAAAUCCCCGCUGUGGAGGAGCAGUAUGUGGUCACUGUGGAGAAGGGUUCUCGUCCUAAUGGACUAAAGGUGCGAUGCAAUUCCACCAUCUCCAAGGAGCAGCUACUGGGACCCAUUCAACAAAAGAAGGUUGAGCAGCAGGCUAAUCAAACUCUGCCCAGAGCAACUCGCAGUCAAUCGCCGGUUGUGGUGGCCAGGGAAACCCGAGGUGCCAUCGCCGCCAAGAAUGCCGAGUUGACUCUGUCCAAGGCCCCAGAUGUUCCACCCAGACCAAAGGCCACUCCAAGUCAGGAGGUCAAGAGCAAGCCACCUACAAAGCCGGAAACCAAAGUGGAAGUUCGUGAACCAGCAGAAGAUAUUAGUCAGAAAAUCCAGUACUUCGAGGAUCGUCAAUUCGAUGAACCACCCAAGACCAUUUACCACGCUCGCGAGGAUUCCUCUCCCGACGAGGCGGAGGUGAUGCGUCUCAUCAAUCAGAACAUGCAGGAACGUCAGAGGGCCAGGCAACUGAAUCACCACGAGGAGCUGAGCAACUCCCUGACCGAUUUGAGCGGGGUAUUCGGCGAACGUCCGGCAGCUCGGGUAAAUUUUCACUUGCACAGCCCGCCCGAACGUCCGCCCGACGAUACCGAGCUUAUCAGCUUUGGGAACGGAUCGCCGGAUCCCGCCGACGGCAGUCUUGAGCUCUACUCGGACUCCUACUACCGAUCGAGGAGCCUUUCGCCGCAGUCGCAGGUCUCCGCCUGCUCGAGCUCCUAUCUGCAGAGGGUCUACACCGGGGAGGUGAGGAAGAUGCGCCAGCACUUCGAGAGCAUCCAGCAGUCCGGGGAACAGUCCCGGGAACCAUCCAACGAGCGGCGUGAUUUUUUUGGGCUUAGCUCGCUGCGGAGGGCGCGCAGCGAUCCCGAGAUGAAUGCGGGAUCCAAAGACGUCCCGGUCACCGCUACGGAUGCGGUGGCCAAGGAGGAGGUGCCUCGGUUAACUCACAAGUUCGAACUAAGAGGAGCCACGCCCUCGCCGGAGAGGGGAAGAAGGCGCUUGAGGAGCGUCCAGGACCGACUGAUGCCCCACAUCGAUAUCAUCAGCAAGACGGCGGCUCUGAAGAAGGAACUUCCCUUCCGAUCGAGUCCCACGAGGAGUGUGAGCAGCAAUAGUCACUGCUUCGAGCGAUUGAGAAUGCGCUACGAAUCCCCGGAACCUCAGACCCAGAGCUACUUGUCCACCUCGCAUCCGGAUAUGCGGGAUGUGCACGACAUAUCCCCUCACUUGAGUGCCGACUGGGUGGCCCACAAGCACCCAGAACCCUCGAAGCCCAAGGAGCUGCCCAAGAAACCGCAGAGAAUUGUGCGGGCCAGCUCCACAUCACCACCACGACCAGUGAAAUCCCAGAGUCACAAACAGAGCUCCCGACUUACCAGCUGCAUGAGGGAUAUAUUCGCCAACCAGAAGUUCGAUCCCAACAAACAUCGCCCAAAGGCGCGUUAUGUUCCCGACGGAGCAGAGAAUGGCAGUCAGAAGCCCAAGGAUAAUGAAACUUUGGAGAGACUCAAGAAGAACGCCAUGGUGACCUUUAAAGAUCUCGACCCGAACGCGCCCCCCAUUCCCCCCCAGCCGCCAGUCAAGGGUCUCUCCGCCUACGAUUUCCCAUACAACACCGACACCGUCGACGGAUCAGAGUCUCCCAAUCGAUACUAUGCCACAGACGUGAACAUCCACUUCAAGACCCCGAUCAGGCAUGAGCAGCGCCAGAACGUGCCGGAGGAGGAACUAGCCAUUCGCCAAGCGGAGCACAUGCAGAAGCUCUACCACGAGGAGCGCCGUCGCAAGUAUCUACAGGAGCUGCAGGACAUGAACUCGCGCCGCCACACGGACAACUUCACGCCGUCGCAGAAGUCGCCCAUCGCCCUCAAUCGCUACGAUGACUUCCCCACGGACGUGACCCUCAAGUCUUUGGUGGGCCCCAAGACGGUGGCCCGCGCCCUCUUCAACUUCCAGGGACAGAGCUCCAAGGAACUCUCCUUCCGCAAGGGCGACACCAUCUACAUCAGGCGGCAGAUCGAUGCCAAUUGGUACGAGGGCGAGCACAAUGCCAUGAUUGGCCUUCUUCCAGCCAGUUAUGUUGAGAUUGUCAGUCGAGAUGGUGCCCGUACUCCAUCGAAGCGACCAUCGGAGGGUCAGGCCCGUGCCAAAUACAACUUCCAGGCCCAGUCGGGCAUCGAACUCUCCUUAAACAAGGGCGAAUUGGUAACUUUGACUCGUAGAGUAGAUGGAAACUGGUUCGAGGGUAAGAUUGCCAAUAGGAAGGGCAUCUUCCCGUGCUCUUAUGUAGAGGUUCUCACGGAUAUUGGUGCAGAGGAUAUUGCGGCCAGGACAACGACCGUGAUCACCACCCAGAGCACCACGAAUCUGCGGCCCAAUCUCGAUGUGCUGCGCACAAACAUCAACAAUGAGUUCAAUACGCUCACACAAAAUGGAGUUCAGCCGCCGAAUGGAAUCCUCAAGGAGACGCGGACGAUUCACAAGACGGACGCACUACAUGUGGACACCAGUUCCGAGCCAUUGGCGUACCGCGCCCUGUACAAGUACCGGCCGCAGAACUCCGACGAACUGGAACUCCUCGAGGGGGAUGUGGUCCAUGUGCUGGAGAAAUGCGACGACGGAUGGUUCGUGGGCACAUCGCAGAGGACCGGCUGCUUCGGCACAUUCCCCGGCAACUACGUGGAACGGGCCUAGAGGAGACCGACCCGAUGAUCCUGCCCCGGGAUCGGCGUUCGUCUCUAAUCUUAAUGAAUUUUUGUAGUCUAAUAUGAGGAGGAAUCAGCGUGGCCGGGGCGAAGGCAGUUCUAUGAUUAAUUCUGACUUGGUUUUACUGGAUUAUUUUAUGUUGUUGUUGAAUAAUUCUUAUCCCUCUAAUUUCGCUGCUUUCGUUUUGCCGUAAUUUAAAGCUAUUUAUUUAUUUUUAAACAGAGCAUUAAUUAUAUCAAUGUUGGAAUUACGUUUAUUUAUGAGAUGCAAUAUUAACCAGACGUUGUCCCCUCCACCUCCCCCACUCCGACACCCCAUUCACUGAAACACACACACACACCAAAUAUCGAAGGACCUAAAUUAAGAUCAUACAUAUAUAUACUUUGUCGUUUACCUACUAAUUUUAACUAGUCACAGCUAAUUUCCAAAAAAAGAAAACCAAUUACAAAAAAAUGAAGAAGCAAGUGGAGACCGUUGAACUAAAGUGCCUUAAAGUUGAAAUUUUAAAUGACUAAAAAUAAAACAAAAAAUAUAAAAAAAAAACACAAGUGCUGAGAUCCAAGUGCCCUUGUUGAGUCGGCCAAGUGGAUAUUUAUUAUUGAUAAUUAUUAAUAUUAUUUAUGAUGAUAUUGUCGAGUCCGAACCAACAGAAACAAUUUUAAAAUCAUUACAAAAAGCGUUUAUUACACAGACACUGUUGCAAGCGUAUUUAGUAAAUAAAGAAGAAACUAAAAAACAA